CACGUACACGUCUGUUUCUAUCUCAUCAGGACUUACCGCCGUCGGCUUUUUAGGAUUAAUGCAGUCCCAACAAAUUGCCCCUCAUCACCACCCCCACGCCCACCAAGGUGUGGAUCAAGGGGAUAAUGAAGAAGAUCAUGAGAAGAAAUCUGUGUUGAAGAAAGUGAAGGCAAAGGCUAAGAAGAUUAAGGACACCAUCACUAAGCACGGCCAUCAUCCUCACCACUACGAGGAUAAUGAAGAAGACGACGAUGAAGAUGAAGAUGAAGCAGUGGUGGAAGAUCCUCAACUCCAGGGAGCACCAUUGUAUGAAGGUGCUGCAAUGAGGAGUGGUGUGGCUCCAACUCCAACUCCAACUCCAGAUGUUGGAUUUGGCAGGUCGACAGUGAUGCAUCAUUGGCCUCCUCCACCCCCAACAGAAACGACAAGUCGCUCUGCUGUCGACGCUGGUUUUGCAACCAAGGAAAAGGAAGUAGAUCGUCUAGAUAACUCCGCCGUCGCCCCCAACACGACCAUGUCUCUGUCCCCUUUGAGCUUGGAGGAGGAUCCUCACGCGCCGCCUAAACAGCCUCACGCGCCUCUACAUUCUGAGGUCAAAGCUUCUGAUCCCGCGGCGAUUGGGAGCCAAGAAGCCGGGUCUGGGUCUUCUGAGAUUCUGGAUUCAUUUGCAAAGAUGAAAGUCAAUGACGAAAACAGAGCGAACCGGGCCGGAAACGAGGCAGGAGAUCAGCAGAGCAGUUACGGGCAGAAGAUCUCAGCCGUGGGUUCUGCGCUGGCCGGAACCGCCAUCUCGGCGAAGGAUUUUGUGGCGUCGAAGCUGGGCUACGGCGUAAGAACAGGGGAAGGGGAAGAUAAAGGGGUGUCGGUGAAGGAGUAUCUAGCGCAGAAGCUGGAGCCGGGGGAGGACGACAGGGCGUUGUUGGAGGCCAUAUCAGAGGCCUUCCAAAAGCGGAAGGAGGAGGUGCCACCGAAGGCGGAGGUGACGGAGUCGGAGGAGCUCACGCGGCGCCUCGGCAGAGAGGACAAUCGAGAGACAGAGAGAUCUUCCACCGCCGCUGCCACAGCCGCGGCGGCGAGGAGCGUGGUGGAUACCGUGAAAGAUACGGUCGGGUCGUGGAUGGGGAAAGGUGGAGACUCCCCGCCGUCUCAGCAGCAGCAGGGGCCUGGUGGGACGGAGGCUGAAGUGAGGAUACUGUAGGACUAAUUUCAAAUUUGGAUGCACAGAGGGAUUUCAAUGUGUUCUGUUAAGUGAGGUUUCAGUGUAAUGUUUUGUUUCUGUUUCAUCUUUGGUGCACAUAGUUUGAAGAAAGUGGGAGGGCGUAUUUGUGUUUUGUAUUGUGAUAAGAAGAUAAAACUUGUAUUGGGGAAGGCUUUGUUUCAAGUUUCAACACUGCUACUUAUGAAAUGGUUGUGUCAAAUUUGGUCUGUUCUCACUGCUGUUACCUCAUGGUUUAGCUUAUGCUCUUGCUUCCA